AUGGCCUCAGGCACAGCUAAAACCAUGAGGGAGGAAGCCACCUGCUCCAUCUGCCUGGACCUGAUGACUGAGCCAGUGAUGAUAGACUGUGGGCACAUCUACUGCCGUUCUUGCAUAUUUGAUAAUCUUGAGAACCAGAAAAAGAAAUCACCUACUCUGGGAAACUUCCAGUGUCCUCUAUGUAGGACACAGUUUCAAAGGGAGAGCAUCCGGCCCAGUAAGCAGCUAGAAAACAUCAUUGACACCAUUAAGAAGAUGGAGCAGGAGCAUCGGUGUGAAAAACACGAAGAGAAGCUCAGCCUCUUCUGUAAAGAUGAUGGUCAGCUUAUUUGCUGGUGUUGUGAGCGGACACCAGAGCACAAAGGGCACACCACGGACUUUGCUGCAGAUGCCUGUCAAGAGUACAAGUCUGAAUUUCUGAGGAAAAAAGAGUGCAUCAAGUAUAAGUUUAAGGUUUUUCAUAUGAUCCUACACAUGGAGGAGAAAUCUUGUCUAUGGAGACUGGAGAAUGAAAAAGAUAAAGUUCUCAAGAGACUGAAGGACAGUGAAGCAAAGCUGGAGAAGCAAAGCCAGGAACUCAACAAACACAUCCAGGAACUGGAGAGGAAAUGUCAGGGCUCAGCCCAGGAGUUACUGCAGGAUGCAAGAGACACUUUGAACAGGAUUUCUGAUAUGAAGUUAAAUGCACCAGAGGACAUCUCGUUGAAUAUUCACACCAUGCAUGAUUUUGACAGCAUUUUCUGUGAAUUGAUAAAAUUGUUUGAGACUGAUUAUGUUAACAUUAUUGUAGAUCCAGAUACAGCUCACAUUGACCUACUUGUGGAGAAGAAUGGAAUCAUGGUGACUGGUGGAAAGCCCCAAGUGAAGCCUGACACUCCUGCUAGGUUUAAGGACUUACCCUGCGUCCUGGGAUGUAACACCAUCACCUCAGGAAAACAUUACCUUGGAAUGUUUUAUAUGGAUGGAUCUGAGUGGGACGUCGGGGUUUGUCUGGAAAAUGUGUCAAGAGAUAAUGACAAGACACGGGAUCCUGAGUCUGGAUUCUGGGCCAUCAGACACUGCAAAGAUGAUAACUUUGUAGCUCUUAUGUCACCGAUGACACCUCUUUAUUUUUUGCAGGCCAUUCAUUUUAUAGGGGUUUUCCUAGACUAUGAUGCUGGACUUGUCUCCUUUUAUGACUUGUCAAUGGGAGCCAUGGGCCAGUUCAUGGGACAAAAACGAAAAGAGUAG